CAGCAGCAGCAGCAGCCAGAGCCCCCUCCGGAUCCCUGCCGCGAGGAGACGUGCCACUUCCUCAAUGCUAUCUUCCUCUUCCUUUUUAGGGAGCUCAGGGACACGGCCCUGGUCAGGAACUGGGUCACCAAGAAGAUCAAGGUGGAGUUCGAGGAGCUGCUCCAGGCCAAGAUGACGGGGAAGGUGCUGGAGGGGCUCAGCCUCAGGGACGUCUAUCUCGGCAAUGUCCUGCCUGUGUUCAAAGCGGUCAAGCUCAUUCGGCCAGUGAUCUGCAACGAGGAGGGCUGCCCCGAGGAGCUGGGCUUUGAGGUAGACCUGGAGUACAAUGGUGGCUUCCACUUGGCCAUCGAUGCCGACCUGGUCUUUGGCAAGUCAGCCUACCUCUUUGUCAAGAUCUCCCGGGUGCUGGGGAAGCUGAAGCUGGUCUUCACACGCCUGCCCUUCACGCACUGGUCCUUCUCCUUUAUGGAUGACCCUGUGAUACUCUUUGAAGUGAAGUCUCAGUUUGAAGGGAGGCCUAUGCCACAGCUCACUUCCAUCAUAGUGAACCAGUUCAAGAAGGUUAUUAAGCGCAAGCACACCUUGCCCAAUUAUAAAAUCAGGUUCAAGCCAUUUUUUCCAAUUCAUGUGUUGCCACUUGAUGAAUGUGACGAUCGAGACCUCUGUUUAGAGGAGUUUCUGUUGACAGAAGGUCGUCUAAGAGUCACCUUAAUUGAAUGUACAAGAUUAUUUAUGUUUGGAUCCUAUGAAAGAGAAGCAAACGUUCAUUGCACAAUGGAGCUGAGCAGUAAUGUUUGGAAAGAAAGAUCAAGAAGUUCUAUUAAAACGGCAGAACUAGUGAAAGGGACUCUGCAAAGUAUUGGACUUACGCUCCGCUUUGUGCAGUCCAAGGAUGAUGAUGCAGGGCACGUUGUCAUUGAAACUGUGACUCCAAACUCACCUGCUGCAGCUGCUGAUCUACAGAGAGGAGACAGACUUCUAGCCAUCGGCAGUGUUAAAAUCACAUCAACUGUCCAAGUGUUGAAGCUUAUUAGACAGGCUGGGGAUAGAGUUUUAAUCUUUUAUGAAAGGCCUGUUGGGUGUAAUCAGCAUGGUUCAGCACUGCAGGAUGGAUUUGGACAACUGGAAGACACUGCUUUCUUGACACAGACAGAAGAUGACCAAGCUAGUAUAUCAGUUGAUGUUGAUAACAGAGAUUUUGAUUCAGAAUUUGAGGACUUAGCUUGUGAAUCACCUGAGCAAAAAGAAGAUACGCCAACAACUCUGAGUCCCAAACGUUCAGUAGUAAUACUUGCUACUAAGCCCCAUGGAACUGUAUCUCCAAGUCUGAAUCGAAAACUAUAUUUAGGAAGUCAGACAACAUCAAAAACACAACAAAAAGAUGGAAAUAAAUUGGCAGUACCCAAAACUAUUGAGGGUUCAGAUACAUUACAGCAAUCAGGAAAACAAUCGCAAGGAUCUGGUACUAAGCCUCCUGUGCCACCAAGGCCACAAAGUAAGUCUGUUAUGUCUACUAGUGAAAAUCCAAAUUUGUUAGAACCUGGAGGUGUAUCUUCUGAAAAACCAGAGAAGCCACCUCCACCUAUAAAUAAUGGAGAUAAAUGUACAGAGAAGGUAGUAAAGAAUAAUGAUCAAAUAGAAGAUCCAGUGGUAUCAAAAGUAACAACGACACCAAAACAAGAUGUAUUAAAAGAUGGACUUUCAGAAAAUUCACGUGGCUACAAAGAUAGUGGAGAUGAUCACCAAACAUGGGAAUCACCAGAAAUUCCUUAUAAAAUCCGGCAAGGCCAAUGGCCAAAGUCCAGAGCAUCCACGUGUCUGUUUGAAGUAGAAGGAUACCAUAAGUACCUUAAUAUUGCACUGUGGUGCAGAGACCCUUUCAAAGCAGGUGGUUUUAUCUGCUUAGGUUAUGCAAGCAUAAAACUUGAAGAAAUUGCUUUAGAUUGUCUAGCUACAUCCUCAAUGGAAUAUGUUAGAACAUUUAACCUGAAUGCUCCUGCUCCUAAAGCUGCAGUCACUAGAACAGCGUUGCGGAAUUUGACAAACCAUAAGGGAUUCAAUGAAAAGUUUUGUUAUGGUGAUAUAACUUUACAGUUCAAGUAUUUGAUAGAAGGUGAAAUAGAUGAUUCAAACAUUCUCCUGGAGAAAGAAAGUGAAUGUCAAAUGGAAGAAGAAGCUCGUGCACUUCAGAAAGAGGAUCCUUACUUGGGACAAAUUGUUUUUACAGAGAGCAAGCAUAACUUUCAAGAUACUCAGUUUCAGAAUCCAACUUGGUGUGAUUAUUGUAAAAAGAAAGUGUGGACUAAAGCAGCUUCGCAGUGCAUGCUCUGUGCUUAUGUUUGCCAUAAAAAAUGUCUAGAAAAGUGUCUAACUGAGACACCCUUUUGUGUAGCAGCUGAAAAGCGAGUUGAUCAAACCGCAGGAGUUUGUAGAGCAGAAGGACAGGAAGCUCCCCAGGCUGCAUCCUCUCGUGUUGAUACAGAGUCUAAAUCUGUUAACAGAACUGCAGGUUUGACCAGGCAUAUCAUCAAUACGAGCACCCGCUUCUUAAACCUUCGUCAAGUUCCCAAGGCUCGCCUUUCUGAGCAAGGAGCAGAGGUGGUAGAACCUUCGCCAAAGCACACGCCAACAACUUCUGAUAAUGAAAGCAGUGAUACUGAAAUCAGUGGGCCAAGCAGUCCUUCAAAACGUGCAUCAAGUACUGGGAUAAAGUUGGUCCGAAAGGAGGGUGGUCUAGAUGACAGCGUCUUCAUUGCUGUUAAAGAAAUUGGACGUGAUCUCUACAGAAGUUUACCUACAGAGGAGCGUUUCCAGAAACUAGAAUUUAUGUUGGAUAAGCUGCAGAAUGAAAUAGACCAGGAGCUGGAAAAUAAUAACUCGCUUGUUAAAGAAGAGAAAGAGACAACUGAUGCAAGGAAAAAAGCCUUGAUUUCUGCUGCACUGUCAAAGUCAGGUGAAAGACUGCAGGCCCUGACGCUGCUGAUGAUCCACUACAGAGCAGGCAUUGAGGAUAUAGAGUUUUUGGAGAGCAUGUCCUUAGACCGGCAGUCCAAAAUCAUGACUAAAGAUUCAGAGGAGCCCAGUGUAGCAGAAGAAAUGGAUAACGAAGAUGUCAGUCUGAUGGAGGCUCCAACAAUCAACAUCAUAUCAGAAGAAUCAGUUGAUCCACCUGAAUCAGUAGACUGA